AUGAAUGCCCCAGACAGAUUUGAAUUGUUUAUAUUACCCGAUGGUGUUCCGAAACUAAAGAUCACUCCUGACUCUAGAGUGCCAAAUUGUAUCAUAGUCAAGUUUGAGAGAGAAGACCACACUUUGGCUAACCUAUUACGACAGGAACUCAUCAACGACCCAAAGGUUCUGUUUGCUGCGUACAAGGUUGAACACCCUUUGUUCGCCAACUUCAUUUUGAGAGUACAAACCGAAGAAGGAAUCAGACCAAGAGAGGCUCUGAUGAAUGCUUGCAACAGAUUGAUCAACAAAUUGGGGUCGUUGAACGACAAGUUCAAGGCGGAAUGGGAGCUGAAGUCGCUGCUGGCUGGGGGAGACAACGACGAUUAUGCUUUGUGA